AUGAUUCUGACCAAGGGGCGGCACGGGAGCGGGCAAAUGCGCCUCGAUAUCGUCUACAGCCAGUUUGGAGCCCUCAAAUUACCAUUAACGAUAGAGAGCGGACUGGCAUCUCGAGCCUCUUUCGAUCGGCUGAAAGAAGAAAAUUGUUUUCAAAUCGUCAACAAGAUUACGGACGUACUCAGCGGAGCCUCAGUCAUUUUCCGGCCGCUCGGCUCGAUGGAGGAAGAGCUGAAAUUCUCCCACAACCUGAACCUGCUCAAGAAGCCGUUCCGCGGCGAAUAUCGUCUAUUAUUUAUCGACGGAGAGUACGCGAAGCUACGCACCAGAAUACGUUGCACCCCGGCUGCGGAAGCGGUGAAAAACCACGACUACGUGAGCGUGCGUAUUCACUCUGAUUCGCGCGCCGAUCGCGUGCUAUCGCUGGCUUUUCUGAAAAUCGCCCGCCACACCCUGCAGCUGCGCGGUGACUACGAUGUGAUCCAAAUGUUCUACGCGAUCAACUACGGGCCCGACAUCGAGCUGAUCGAGUGGGAGGCGAGACGCUUGUCCUUCAUUCGGCCCCUGGAACGAUUGAAACAGCGAUGGCCACUUCCUAGUGUCACUAAUAGCUUGCAA